GGCAAUAUUACGCGCUGAAAAUUUGUCAUCUCUUUCCCCUAUCUUUUCAAUUUUACUUCAUCUUCGUCAUCACGUGCUUUCCAACUGCUUGAAGCUGACAGAAUGUCAGACGAGGAUGAUAUCGCUCGUGGGCUUGAAACCUGGGUACCUGAAGAUGUUUUAGCUUCUCUCGGAAUUACUGGUGUCAAUCUUGGGGCAGUUGGUCUCAGCACAUUCGAUUAUGGACGCGAAGAUCGUGAUGGAAAUAUUGGUCACGGAGCAGGAGAAGACUUUGAAGACGAAGUUGACAAUGAGAUUAAGCGAGAGGAGCCGGAUGAAUCUUUUUUCCUUAGUUCGCUUCGUAGUUCUGAUGGCCUGGUGGCUCAUGGUGCUCCACCCAAGCUUGGCGGCGAUAGCGGCGGUGCAACGCGACCACGCAAGAAGCGAAAGGUUAUCAAGGAGCCCAAGAAGCCAAAGGACGUCAAGGAUGUUUGGCCUGAUUUUGAGAAAGGGAAAGUCCUCAAUUUGACCAAGAUGUUGAAGGCUCGAGUUGACCGCAAGCCUCGGACUAGGCAUCGACCCUUACCGACAGUAGAAGAUGCAGAUGAUCAUUCGAAGAGUGCGGUUUUACCACCGGUCUUUCCCAAGCCCAUCAACAUUCACGAAGUCUCGCGGGGAAUGACCCACGAGGAAGACGAUGCGUUGAAGCCUCCAGACUUGUAUCCAAAUGAAGACCUCAGCUUGCGGAGAGCUCUUAAGGCUCACUUGGAGUCAAAUUUGGUCAACGUGGACGCUGACGUGCUCCUCAACGAGCGCAGCUAUGAUCUUAUUAAUCUGUCCGACUGGGAAAGUAAUAUCGUAUACGCUCCAAGCAUGGCCAACUCUCGUCCUCAAAACAUCGAUUUGCGGCGGCCUAUCAACUCAGCUUUGGAAUCGGGCUCAUGGAUUCAGGGCAUAAUUUGGGACUCCAAAACACCGUUUGUCGAUUUCACCCAGCUGCAACUGGAAGAUGAUGGCUCGGAAGCCACGACUCAUGCAUCAAAAAGUGCGAUUGCAGAUGCUAAAGAUAAAGAUGAUCCAGGGAAAAAGAAAAAGAGAAAACCGGAUACGGAAUCAACCCAGCUCUCGCAACAGGCUCCGUCACAACUAUCUUAUCGUGAUAAAAACGUCUCGAAGGAUAAAUACAACAUAUCCAACGAUCAAGCGUAUGAGAUCACCCGCCAACGGCACCGCGUUCGUCAAACAUUCGGGCAACUCGUAGUCCAGCACGCAUAUCCUGCUAUCAAACUGCAACUGCCGUUUUAUAAAACGCGACUGUCAAAGGCUGAGGCGCGAUCAUUCCAUCGGCCAGCUCUUCAAUUCCCUGUCAAUGUAGAGUUUCGUUUCUCUAAGGUCCGCACUGCCAAGAAGAAAAAAGAUAGGUCCGGGCGAAGGGUUACAGUGGCCGGGGGCGGCGAUCCGAGUGAAGCAUUGCGGACAAUGCAUGAUCUCACUUUACGAGAAACUGGUCCUUUCGUUAUCUGGGAAUAUUCAGAAGAGCACCCACCCAUUAUUCCAAACAUCGGGAUGGGUUCCAUUUUGGUGAAUUAUUACAGGAAACGCGAUGAGAACGAUGAUUACGUUCCAAAUCUUGAUUUUGGGGAACCAUUCAUUCUCGAGCCAAGCGACGAGUCGCCUUUCCUAAGAUUUGGCUCCGUGGCGCCAGGACAGACUAUCCCCGCCCUGUACAACAAUUUAGUUCGGGCCCCUGUGUUCCGACAUAAACCCGCUUCCACGGAUUUCCUAGUUAUCAAGAGCACCAUCGGUGGGCAGACGAAAUGUUAUAUCCGAGAGAUCAAAGCUUUGUUUGUUGUCGGCCAGACAUUCCCAGUGGUGGAGGUCCCCGGACCGCACUCCAGAAAAAUUACAAACAACUUAAAAUACAGACUGCAGUUCAUUACCUACAGGCUGUUGAGAAAGUCUUUGGAAGAACGCCUGCGUUUGCCCAGCGUUCUGAAAUACUUCCCCGAUCAAAACGACUUGCAAAUGCGGCAGAGACUGAAAGAAUUCAUGGAAUAUCACAGAACGGGGCCCCAUCAGGGAUAUUGGCGCCUCAAACCCAACCAUGAAGUUUUGCCGGAUGCCAAAAUACUUGAGCAGAUUACCCCUGAACAGGUUGUUUUGCAGGAGAGUAUGCAAGUGGGACAGCGUCACCUGCUCGAUGCCGGCUAUGGGAAUGCUGCUGCUGAGGCUGACGAGGGCGGGGAUGUGUCGAAGUUGGACAUCGAGCAACAGCUAGCGCCGUGGAUUACUACGAAGAAUUUUGUGAACGCUACCCAUGCGAAGGCUAUGCUUAAGCUUCAUGGACCUGGGGAUCCCACAGGUCGAGGCGAAGCAUUCAGUUUUAUCAGGGUGUCUAUGAAAGAUAUUUUCGUUCGUGCUGGGGAAGACCCUGCUGAGAAAGAAGCCGAGGCGGAGGCGCAACGUCCGAAGAGCGGCCAUCGUUACAAUGUACAGCAGCAACAGCAUAUUUAUCGCUCUGAGAUCGAGAGAAUCUGGAAGGCACAAUACGAUUCCCUCAUUGACAAAGUUCCUCCCGAGCUCUCCGACGAGGAAGAGCAUAGGAAUACCAAUCCUUUGGACCGCGUGAAGAACGAGUCUGAAGGCAGGGACAUGUCUCCAAUGUUCGAAUCUCCUCGUCAGUCUCCUGGUUUCAGUCGCCUCAAUUCGCCCUCUCGAGAGGAUGACUCUUCUCAAUCCCGCAAGAUCCUUAAGAUCCGAAGAAGAUACGGAGAGGAAUGGCGCACCGAAAUUGUGCGUGAUCCCAACGUUAUUAGUGCAUAUUUGAAGAAGAGGGAGGAGAAGGAGUUUGAAAGCAUUCCUCUUGAAGAAAUCGUUCCCACUGGCGACCCAACGAAGGAUGCGUUGCUUCGUCAGAAGCUAAUUGAGCAGCAAAUCAAGAUGCAGAAGAAUCAAGAACGUCGGCUGCAGAGGAAGAAUGCUCAGAUUGUUGCGACCGGCGGUGCUCCCAUUUUUCUCGAUCGUGCACCCAAACCCGAUACUACCCGUCGCUGCGGCCAUUGCGGUCAGAUUGGGCACAUGAAAACCAAUCGCAAAUGUCCUCGAUGGGCAGAAUUCAAUCCACCUGGGGGAGCGAAGUCCCCACCUGCGGGUUCCCCUCCCCCAUCCUCCCCCGCAGACGAUCGUCGGUAUGGCGGCGCUACGUUGAUGCCUCCACCUCCGGUCCCGCCAUCAGCAUUUAACCGUACCAGCUCAUUUUCGUACCCCGUCGUUCCAUCCCCACUUGCUACUAGUCCUCCACUCUCUGCCUUCGGCGGAGAAAGUGAGAUCCGCCGUGGUUCAUCACUGGCGUCUUCGCCACCAGCUUCAGUAUCAAGCGGUGGAACGCCAUCCAAGCCUAAGAUCAAGCUCUCUCUCAAGCCACCAGGAUCUGCGACUUCCCCUAAGUAGAGCCAUUCAGAAAUUUGUAGAACUUCAGGGUGCUACCCUUGGAGGGAAUGGCAUGAAUGAUAGUAAUAGGUUAUCUUUAUGCAAUUAUAUAUUGUUGUCCGGCGCUUUACUCC